GCGGAGGGAGGCGCGCCCCGCACCGCCCCCGCCCCGCGCCCGCCGCCCGCGCGGGGUGCGCUCGCUCAAAGUUAAAAAAAAGCUGCAAAACACCCCAAACCCCCUCGGGGACGGCGGAGGUGAGGCGGCAGCGAGUUCCUCGGGCAGCAGCCACCAUGAAGAGCAAUAAUGAUAAAGUGGGAAAACCCAGCAGCAGAGAGUGAAGACUUUGGACGAGCAACCUUGCUAAUGCCUAGAUGUAACUGCUCUGGCAGACCUGGUAGUGCAGCAUGAUUAGGAUGAGGAGGAAGAUACUUUGGGCAUCUUGCUUCUGCUUUGCAGCUGCCUUUUUCCUUGUGCUAACACUCCAGGUUAUCACCGAACUGGGCAAUUCAGAGAAUAAGGUAUCAGUAAUCUCCAGUUUACACAGCAGCCCAUUGAAGCCUGGGGAGAGACAUUCUUUUCAGUUUAAGAAGGAAGAACUUCACAGCAGCUUUAAGACAGAGUCUGAUGUAAAUCGUUAUCCUGUCCUGCUCUGGUGGUCUCCCCUGACUGGAGAGACAGGGAGAUUCAGUCAGUGUGGAGAGGAUGUUUGCUUCUUUACUAUAAACAAGACCUACCAGCACAAUCAGAUGACAAGAGCAUUUCUGUUCUAUGGUACUGACUUCAGUAUAGACAGUUUACCUCUCCCUCGUAAAGAAUAUCAUGACUGGGCCCUUUUUCAUGAAGAGUCACCGAAAAACAACUACAAACUCUUCCACGAAGCAACCAUCACCUUAUUCAACCACACUGCAACAUUUAGCCGCCACUCUCACCUGCCACUGACCACUCAGUAUCUUGAGGGCGUAGAGGUCCUGAAGUCAUUGAGGUUCAUGAUCCCCCUGCAGAUGAAAAACAGCCUGAGGAAAAGGCUUGCACCGCUUGUGUACGUGCAGUCUGAUUGCAACCCCCCUUCGGACCGGGACAGCUAUGUGCGUGAGCUGAUGUGCCACAUUGAAGUGGACUCUUAUGGGGAAUGCUUGCAUAACAGAGACCUUCCUCAGCAUCUCAGAAAUCCAGCUGCAAUGGAUGAUGGAAACUUUUUAAAAAUACUGGCACAGUACAAGUUCAUUCUUGCUUUUGAAAAUGCUAUCUGUGAAGAUUACAUCACUGAAAAACUCUGGCGGCCACUGAAAUUGGGAGUGGUGCCAGUGUACUUCGGGUCUCCCAGCAUUGUAGACUGGCUUCCUAGUAACAAGAGUGCAAUCCUGGUAUCCAGUUUUUCACACCCUCGGGAUCUGGCCCACUAUAUCAAAACACUGGAUAGAGAUGAUGAAGAAUAUGAGUCCUAUCUACAAUGGAAACUGAAAGGGGACAUUUCCAACCCAAGACUGCUUAGAGCAAUGAAGGAACGCAAGUGGGGAGUGCAAGAUAUCACCCAGGACAAUUACAUUGACACCUUUGAGUGCAUGGUUUGUAACAGAGUGUGGGAAAACAUCAGGCGGAAAGAAAAGGGAUGGCUGCCCCAGAGGUGGGAGGCUCAGGUUAAUCAUCUCAGCUGCCCAAAACCAGAGGCAUUCUGGUUCUCAUCAUCAAACCCUGGCUGGAUUUCUCUCCAAAAGAUGUGGAUACCAAGCUUUGAGCAAUCCAAGAAAGAAGCCUGGGCACUGAGGCACCUGGUGGAAAGGAACAAGAAUUUUACAACUGAAGAAUUCUGGAUGCUUGUAUUCAAAGAAUAAACACAACAGACCUGUGAAACAGA